AUGGCUAUCAUCGAGUUUGCCCACAUCAGCCUCAAGAACGGCCUGACUGCGUCGGACCAGACAUUGAAAAAUAACACCAAGGAGGUCAAGAGGGUGAUUGAGGAAUACAGCAGUCUACCGACCCUGUUCUACACGCAGAUUGAUGAGCCGUCCAUCAUGUUUGUAAUCGGAGCGUGGGAAAGCAAGGACAAACAUCAGUACGGAUUCAACGGGUCGCCUCAGCAAGACAAGAUCCUCGAAUUGAUCCAGGACCAAAUGGGCAUUGACUGGAUGCAUUAUAUGGAUGUGGACCAAGCCCGCAUUCCAGUAGAUGCACCGGUGCUGGCAAUCAUCAAGGAGACACUCCCCAGGCAUACCCACCAGAUGGCCUUCGACCAGGACUUUGCACGGGCUACUCAGACUUUGGGCGAUGCAAGAUACGGCGCUGUAUCGGCGUGGAACAUUCGCAAAGAUGAGCAUGAAGAGACUGUACGAGCCAACUUUUCGGGCUGGCAGUCGAUCGAUGAGGCGAUGAAGGGGAUUGGCAGCACAAUUGAGGAUGCGAAGAAGUUCAGAGUGAACCCAACAGGCCUGGAUUUCUUCUUCCUGGAGAGGACACAACUGGAAUAG